AUCUAAAUUCUAGAUCCCUUGGUCUCUUUAAUAAAAUAAAAAAGUAAAAAUUGAAAAGAAGAAUUUCGAAUUUCUUGACGUAAUUUUGUGUUUUUAUUUAUUUCUUGUUCUUCUUUCUAUCAUUAUUAAUUAAAAAAGUAUUAAUUGCAACUCAUGUCAGAAACCUCACUGCAGGGAAACCCCAAGGAAGAAAAGCCUCCGUCUAGAGUUCCUGAAUCAGUGAAGAGAAUAAUAGCAAUGGAAAAGGAAAAUGAAACAAAUGCUAGCCGUAAAUCAAGAAUCGAUCUCAAUGCACUGCCCACUCGACAAUACUUAGAUCAAACAGUAGUCCCAAUUUUACUACAAGGACUGUCUGCACUAGCUAAGGAACGGCCGCCAGACCCAAUCAAUUACUUGGCAGCAUAUUUGCUCAAAAAUAAAACUACAUUUGAAAAUAAUAAUUCAGGAACCAACAACAAUCCACCACAAAACCCUCAGAGUUAACUUUAAAUUAGUAUUUAGUUAGUCUAUUUUAACAUGUAAGUAUCCAGAAUAGGACAUUAUAUCCUUCUGAUAUUUCAAAAAAUUUAGUUAUAAUAAUUUUUUAUCCAAAGAAG